AUGAGUGACGAACAAUCAGAUUCUGCAAUGAUGAAUCCGUGGGAUAUCAGAGACCCGUGGGAUAUGAUAGACUUUGAUGCCGAUGAACCACGGCAGUUUCAGUUUGAGUCUCCGCCUCUGCCUGAGCCCGUCUGGAAUGGGGACGAAAACAAUGUAGGUGAUCCCCAGCCCCAGCCGUGUGCCAUGGACGUUAGUGGUAAUCAACCACCUCAGCCGGUUAUUGAUGAGUGUUUUCCGGAAGCUAUGAAGAGGACAGAACACUAUUAUGGAAGCCAUCAACCACUUCAGUCUCAGCCUCAGUCAUGUGCCAUUGACGUGUGUGGUAAUCAACCACCUCAGCUACCGUCUCAGCCUCACCCUUGGUCUUGGCCACUUCAGUCUGAACCUCAGCCGUGUGCCAUUGACGUGUGUGGUAAUCAACCUCCUCAGCUACCAUCUCAGCCUCAGUCUUGGUCUCGGCCACUUCAGUCUCAGCCUCAGCCAUGUGCCAUUGACAUGUGUGGUAAUCAACCACCUCAACUACCGUCUCAGCCUUAG